CUGUUUGGGUUUUAUUGACUUUCUUGGAUGUGUGAAUUUAUAGUUUUCAUCAUAUUUGGGAAAUUUUACUUAUUUCUUCAAAUAUUUGUGUCUCCUCUUUCUUUUUCUUCUAGGGCUUCCAAUUAUGUGCACAUUAGACACCUUGAUAGUGUCUAACAAUUUUUUUCUCUCUGCCUUAUUUGAGUAGUUUCAAUUGCUGUGUCUUCAAAUUCAUGGAUCUUUUCUCUUUCAGUGUUUAUUUGAUGUUAAUCCCAUCCAGUGCAUCUUUUCAUUUCAGUGACCACAAUGUGAAUGGGCAGAGCAAGACAGCAAAGGCUUGCUGAGUGAGUGGCACAGCGCCAUCCUGGGUAGCGGCCUCCCCAGCAAGUUGCAUGUCACUAGCUUCCUGUGGCUGUCAUUGCUGGGCCCAGGCACCUCUGAAGAUCAGCGUCUCCUCAUGGGCUGAAGCGAGGACAGGAGCCUGUCACCCAUGAGCUCACAAGGGCAGAGCCGCUGUCCUGUCUCGACGGCUCCACCGUGACUCCAGUGCACUUUGGACAGUGGGGAGCAGGCCCAACAGGGCCACUCGGGUGUGGUCACUCUGGCUUUGGGCGGAUCAGGACCAAGCUAGACUCAUCCCCAGCCCCCAGGUGCUGUUGCUGCUCCUGCCUGAGGCCCCGUCCACAGCUGCAGCUGUGGUGGGGUAGCUAGUGGUGGCCAGCAUGGCCCUGCUGCAGCUCCACGCUGGGGGGGGGGGGGGGGUGGCCCCGAUGAGCAGCCACCCCUCCAUGUGAGCCACAGGGGAGGAGCCUAGGAAGCCGCCCUGGCAAGGUCCUGCAGGCUCUGCUUCUGGUGUGGAAGAGCUCACGGCAAAGCACUCCUGCCCAGGACCCGAGGAGCCGGCCACUGUUCAGAAGUCGCCAGCUUGAAGGCCUGGAGAGCCGCCCAGCAGCACAACACAGGCAAGCUUGCGGAGCAAAAGAAGAAAAUUGUCAUCAAAGGAUAUUCCAGAUUCUUGACAGCAUUCUCAUCACCUCUCUGAGGACAUCACCAUCAUCUCAGGAUGAGGGGCAUGAGGCUGCUGGGGGCGGUGCUGGCACUGGCGGCCCUACUGCAGGGGGCCAUGUCCCUGAAGAUUGCAGCCUUCAACAUCCAGACAUUUGGGGAGACCAAGAUGUCCAAUGCCACCCUCGUUAGCUACAUUGUGCAGAUACUGAGCCGCUAUGACAUCGCCCUGGUCCAGGAGGUCAGAGACAGCCACCUGACUGCCGUGGGGAAGCUGCUGGACAACCUCAAUCAGGAUGCACCAGACACCUAUCACUACGUGGUCAGUGAGCCACUGGGACGGAACAGCUAUAAGGAACGCUACCUGUUUGUGUACAGGCCUGACCAGGUGUCUGUGGUGGACAGCUACUACUACGAUGAUGGCUGCGAGCCCUGCGGGAACGACACUUUCAGCCGAGAGCCAGCCAUUGUCAGGUUCUCCCAGGUCACAGAGGUCAGGGAGUUUGCCAUUGUUCCCCUGCAUGCGGCCCCGGAGGACGCAGUAGCUGAGAUCGAUGCUCUCUAUGACGUCUACCUGGAUGUCCAAGAGAAAUGGGGCUUGGAGGACAUCAUGUUGAUGGGUGACUUCAAUGCGGGCUGCAGCUAUGUGAGACCCUCCCAGUGGUCAUUGAUCCGCCUGCGGACGAGCCCCACCUUCCAGUGGCUGAUCCCUGACACCGCUGACACCACAGCUACAUCCACACACUGUGCCUAUGACAGGAUCGUGGUUGCAGGGAUGCUGCUCCAAGGCGCCGUUGUUCCCGACUCGGCUCUUCCCUUUAACUUCCAGGCUGCCUAUGGCCUGAGUGACCAACUGGCCCAAGCCAUCAGUGACCACUAUCCAGUGGAGGUGAUGCUGAAGUGAGCAGCCCCUCCAGACACCAGUUGAGCUGCAGGAAGAGAGGACCCAUCCUGCCGCAGGACCCAGAAAGAAGCCCAACACUCAGGUUAAGAAAUACCUUUUAAUUUAGGUAAAUAAAGCUCAAGGAGGUGGGGCUGUCA